AUGGGCUCAUCACCAGCCUCACCUGGUGUACUUGCAGACGUUAAAUCGGAUGACAAUGAAGAAAGUACGCUGCAGUCAAACAUAAAUGCUAAUAAAUUUGACGAAGUAGAAAUUGACAGUGCUGGUAUCUGUAACACUAGAGAGUUGAAAGAUAUUGCAAGAAACAAUAACUGUUGCCUAAUGUCACUGCCAAAACUCUUUGAGGUUCACUGGACGCAGUUCAAUUCCAACAUGUUGAAUGCAGUUCCGGCAUCAUGGCAUUGCCUGCUUAUUUUCUUCAAAACUUCAAAGACAAAGAAGCCAGCGCGCUCCUCAAUGAAUUUUGCAAAUAGAUCCGUUCUAAACUUCGUAAGGGAUGGAGAAGUCAUCAGAGAAGGAGGUAAAGAGUCUCAUAGAAAAAGGCCAGAAAAAGCAAAAGCAGAUUUAGCAAAAGAGUUCGUAAAAUGUCAUUGCCGGAACUGCGCUGAUGUUGAGAGGCUGAUCAGCACCAGUACAACACUGAAGUCAAUAAAGAGGGCCAGUUUAUCAUUCAGCACUGAGAACCAUUACUUUAGUCGAUUGGGACCCUUGACCUGCUAUACUGCUGUAGUUGAAACGGACAGAACAAAGAGUAAAAAGUACACCAAAAGCAAAGGAGCAGAACUUUACAUUUUGACUGCCCAUGGUGCCUUUUCCACUGCUCCAAAAAAAUUUUCAACUACACAUUUUGGUCCAGCUGCCCAUUACAAUAAAGUCUGGGCCAUAUACACAACGUAUCAAUUUGAUUAA